AGAGAUCAACAAGGAAAUUUGGUGCGAGUUCAUACACCCAUUCCAUUUAAGCAAUUGAAAGAAUUGAAAAUGGCUUGCACUCAGUAUGGUCCAACUGCUCCAUUCACACAUGCAAUGUUGGAAGCCAUGGCUACUGAUGUUCUUCCUCCUGGGGACUGGAAAGGUAUAGCUAAAGCCUGCCUCUCAGGUGGGAAUUAUUUGUUAUGGAAAACUGAAUUUACAGAACAUUGCCAGGCUACAGCAGAGUUAAAUUGUACUCAAAAUAUUCCCAUUACUUUUGAAAUGUUGGCUGGAGAGGGACAAUAUAUGGAUGUUAAUCAACAGCUUAACUUUAACAUAGCUGUGUAUGCACAAGUAAGUGCCGUGACUAGGAGAGCACGGAAUAAACUACCCUCUGCUGGGAAACAGACAGAGGACUUAUCUAAGAUCAGACAAGGACCAGAUGAGCCUUUUCAGGAUUUCGUAGCCCGUUUACUACAGACUGCAGGAAGACUGUUAGGAGAAAGUGAAGCAGGACUUUUGUUGGUAAAGCUACUUGCUUAUGAAAAUGCGAAUUCAGCCUGCCAAACAGCUAUCUGUCCUUUCAGAAAGAAAGGUGGCCUGUCUGAUUAUAUUAGAUUGUGUGCAGACAUUGGCCCAUCGUACACCCAAGAGCUAGCUAUGGCUGCAACUUUGCAGGGUAAAGCAGUUAAGGAAGUCCAACAGGUUAAGGGACGUGGGAACAGAGUCAAGGGACCUCCUGGCAACUGUUAUAAUUGUGGUCAAAUGGGUCACCAGGCAAAACAAUGUCCAGUUACAAGACAGAGACCCCAGAGAGAGCCAGACUUAUGCCCAAAUUGUAAGAGGGGAAAACAUUGGGCUUAUCAAUGUUGGUCAAAAAGGGACAAUUUAGGAAAUCCUAUUGUACCCCAGUUGGGAAACGGGAAAAGGGGCCAGCCCCAGGCCCCUCAACAAUGUUAUGGGGCCAUGCCGACCCAAACAAACAAUCAAGUCAUUCCACCACAGGACAAUGAUGGAGCUUGCUGUCUUCCAGAACAUUUGGUGUGGUUUAUGGACACCCCAAAAGGCCAGGAGAAUGCUGUGCUUAUGGAUCUGCCUGAAGAUGGUGACAUUUGUUGA